AAACAUUUGAAUGACCGCGGUUUUUUGUACGUAGCAGUGCGUCCCCAUCGCUUGCUGACCCGUUGCGAAGGGUCUCCAUAAACAGUGUCUUCUAAUUUAGAGCGUAUUCGUGAUCGAUUAUAUGAGUGGAAAAGUAGCGCAAACAUGUCGGAGAUAGUAUCGUGUGCAAAGGAUACACAGCUGCACAGCUUCCCGGGGCUGGAGCAGCUGGCCAGCAGUGCCCAUGUCGUUAGCGAUGGUUCGUACUGCCAUUUCAUCGGCUCCUCCAAGCUGUUUGUCCGGGCCAACAAAGAUUGGGGUAUCGAGCUGCUGCGGAUCAAGCCAGGAACGGACCAGCAGCCGGAUGGAGCUGGCAAAAUGGGUAGCAGCGGUAGCCGCACGAUCGCGAACGUGAAGAAGAUCAUGAUCGACAAUCUGUACUGUGUUGCCUGCCCGAAGACGGCUGGGAAGGAGGAGAUUGCGAUCGGGUUGACUACCGGCACGGUGCGGUUCAUGAACUACAAGAAGGCUAACUUCACGAAACGGUUCGACGCCGACCGGAUCGCCAUCGGAGUAACGUUCAUGGACUUUAACGCGACAGACGAUUUUUUGGCAGCCGUGUUCGAGAACGGGCUGGUGAAUGUGUACGGCAUGAAGUCAAACUCUAAGCUGCACACACUCGCAUUCGACAAGAACACCGUCAAAGCACGAUUUCAUCCGACGAAACGGUUCUCGAUGGCCAUAGCGUCGUACAACGGUGCCGUCCUGCUGUACGAUACGCAGUCGAAGAAAACGAUAUUCUCGCAGACUACUGCCCACGCUGCCCCGUGUCGCGAUGUGGGAAUGGUUGAAUCGUAUCCCGACUAUCUGUUCUCGGUAGGCUAUGACAAUGUGAUUAACAUUUUCGACACCAGGAGGAAGGCGACGGCGUCGCAGAUCCAAUCCAACUAUCCUUUCGAAUCGCUGGCGAUCGCGGAAGAUGGUAUUCACCUGGCGGUGGGCAAUCUGAAGGGCUACGUGUACGGGUACGACCUGCGCAACCUGAAGGACCCGCUAAACAUGCAAAAGAUUCACCAGAGCUGCGUGAACAGCAUUUCAUUUGUGCCGCAACCACGUGAAGGAUCGAACAGGCGCAGCAUGAUUGAGCUGGACGAGUCGAAGAAGGUAACGAAAAGUGUGCGUAUCAGUGAAGGAGGACAGCUGGACGCGAAUCACAAAGAGCAGACAAGUCGUCGUCCCGACCGGCUUACGGUAAACGAUCCUCAAACACCGCUCGGAGCAGUGGAACAGCAUGACAGCUUCAUCGGAGAGAUCGAUCUGUUUCUACAGCGCCGCGAUGCACCGAUGGAUUGUCUCUCCCGGCUGAGUACGUCAUCCCGUUUGAGCACGGACUCGCGCAACAGCAUGCAGAUGGCGGGCAAUAAUCUGAUGGGCUUUCUGGAGGAACUGUCCGAUUGUAAUAUCGAUCCGGAAGCUACCGAAUCUCAGACACAACCGGCCGCUGAAUCGAACUCGGGUGUGGACGAUAGCUUUGUGAACGUGAACCGUUUGUUAAGGCGUGUGAAAGGAGACGUUUCGAAAAGGAAAGCCCACGGCGUAGGCGAUAAUUUGGAGUACAUUCGCGAGGAAGGAUCUGAGGUAGGCGACGGAGCGAAUGAAGUGUUAGCCAGUAGCAAUAAUCAGCCUGCUGCCACUCCAAGAGUUCUCGCAGAAAGUCAACAGGGAAACACGUUCACACCGUUGGGUGAGGGGAAAAAGAGCAACGUUCCCGUCGAUGAAUCGGAACAGAUCGCUGAGGUAAAAUCGGACAAGGAAAAUCGCACUCGGCUUUCGACGCUAAAACCGGAAGUAUACACAUCAACACCGGAAGCAUCGACUGUGCUCCUUUCCACAGUAAGCACGGCGGAAAAACGGAAAGACUCCACAACGCCCGUCUACAGGGACAGCGAAGAGUCGGCAAUGGUUCGGGAAGAGAUUGCCGAACUGCGGAAAGCAAUGAUGGAAAAGUUUGAGCAGUGCACGUUGCGCCAGCUGGAUGCGGAGCAGGCGAUGCAAAGCCACCUGUGGAUGUGUAUGUACAAUCUGUGGCGGGAAACGCAAAGCAAGCUGGAAUCGUUGGAACAGUACGUUAGCACCGGACUGGGGCUGCUGUUGCCGAGGGAUGAGUUUGCGCAGCAGUUUCUCAGCAUGCGGGCAGAGAAUGAGUCGCUGAGGGCACGCUUGAAACAGCUGGAGGAAGGUGGAAAACAUGGGUAGGAGUAAGGAAGGGAAGUUCACCGCACAGAGUAUCCAUACCUCUGGUUUCUAUGAAUUGCAAUGGAAGAUUUCUGAUGCAUGAAACGAUUAUAUUUGUUGGAAAGAAGCCCAUUUUUUAUACAUUACUAUCGGCC